AUGAAGUUGAUACUUUCAUUGCCUCAUAAGCAGAAAGCAAUAAUACUUAAAAAGGUUAAAAUUUUGUAUUAUCUUGUAGUGAAAGUACUUUUAAAGAAAGGAAUUUUAUCACCAUCUACUAAGAAAUCAUUCUUAUUGGCAUAUCUGUAUGUAAUACUUCCAAAAUUAAUUAGAAAAAUUACCCUGUUAAUUCUUAAUGGGAAUUAUAAUGAAAUAUUUACUACCAUUCGUAGUAUUUUAACUAGAAGUUUACAUUUUGAUAAAUUUCCUUUAUUUAUUGCUAAAUUAAUAACUAUAUUAAAUUUAGCUAAUUUUUUACUUCUGCCAAAAAUUCCUAAUAAAUUAUUAUUACAUUUAGUUUCUUCAUUUUUGGCUGCUAUAUUAACCUAUCCAUCUUUCCAACGUCAUCUAAUUGAAAAAAAGGAUCGUUAUUAUACACUUGAUUUAACUUUAACAUUAGUGGUUAGAGCCGUUGAUGCAUUAAUAUUUUCACCUUACUUUAAUGAAGUAGGUGAUGCAGUAUUAUUCAUUUUAAGUUCUUAUGUUAUAAUGGAAAGCUGGUAUUUCCACCCUGAGAAACUAACUCCGGAUUAUCGAAAAUGGAUAUCAUCAGCUGCAGAUAUGGAUGAAGAUAUUCUUCAAGGUUUCAGAUAUUUAAAUGAUGGUCUGGUAAAAUAUUUAAAUGAUACAGAUACAGAAGAAGAUGUACCAAAGAAACAAAAGUAUUUUGAAGAAUUUUGUAUAAAAUAUGGUAAGAAUCCAAAGUUAGGAGAUUUAUCAAUUCAAAAGAAAUUACCAUGUGAAGUUGUUCAUUGUUUCACUUAUGAGAAUUGUGAAAGGCAUGCACUCUAUAGAUUUAUGAGGCUGUUUAAGAUGUCGUUAAAACUCUAUGGUUCUGUUAAUGUAUUACUCUGGAUUAUGUUUAGAAGGUUUAAAAUGCCCCUAAAGUACAUAAAGAGUACUAUAAGGUCAGCAAUAUUUCUUGCAUCAUUCUCGACAUUAGGCUGGUAUGGAUUAUGUUUAGUUAGAAAGGAAAGAUUAGCACGUUUAUUCCCUAAUGUUUCACAAACUACCUGGGAUUUAUUAGCUCCCAAAGUAGGAGGGUUACUUUCGGGUUUCAGUUGUUUUUUGGAAGCUCCAAGUAGAAUAAAAGAAUUAUCAUUGUUUGUAGCACCUAGAGCACUUGGUACAUUUGUUUCUCCAGAAAUUAAUGAUAAGAAUUUGUUUUAUGAAUCUUUAGCAUUUAGUAUAAGUUUUGCAAUUUUGGUUGCCUUUGCAAAGGAAAAACCCGGUAGAGUUAGAGGAUUGGUUGGUAGAGCUUUACGUAUUAUAUUUAAUUAG